UCGUCACGGUCACGCUGGUCACACUGUCUACAGAGUCGAAAUUUUUUAUAUAGGCAAUUUUGUUAAUAAAUUAGACAAUUUAAUCAAUUUCGUGCGUGCGUGGUGUGUCAGAGAGGAGUUGACCGCCAGGUAACAUACUCCCCUUGCCGUCGGGCAUCGUGGUGGCUGUGCUGGCAAAGCUUUUGUGUGCCAAUUUCAUCAUUAACAAUUUCGUCAUUGCACACGUGUCUGCUAGUUUGUGAUAGUCCUUCGGGGACGGAAACGGGCGAAUACCAAGCGUCGCCAGCUGUCCAACUCGGACGUGCCCUUUGGGCAACUAGGAAAAGGAAAUAUAUAUAUUUUUGGAGCUAUAACCAAACGCGUGAGCGCUGAGCACGCUAAUUAGGGAAGGGGAAGCGCUGCUGGGCAGUGGCAGCGGGAGAGUGGCCAUGGCUGAGUACUGGCAGCAGACCAAUGGCGCAGGCGGAGGACCGGCCAACAAUGAAUCCUCAACGCGUUCGUCGUCGUCGCGCGCCUGCAAUGGCGAUGGCCGUGAUGGCACCCCGGCAGCGGCGGCUGCGACGGCUGCGACGGAUGCCAACAGAAACAGCAACAGCAACGGCAACGGGGGCGGCGGCAGCAACAACAACUAUGUGAGUUUCAAUCAGUUCAUCAUGCAGCACAAUCUGGCAGCCAACACGGGCGCAUUGCCUUACCAUCUCCUGGCUAACAACGCGAAUUACACCGUCGGUGGGGGCGGAGGCGCCUUCGGACUAACGCCGUCCUCCUCGGAGAGCACCGCCGCCGGUGGCGAUGUUUCAAAUAGCUUUGGAAAUUUCUAUUCGCAGCCGGCGGUAUUCCCUCCGCCAUAUCAAAAUGGCGAUGGUGUCGCCGCCAGUUCGGCGGCAUUCGGCAACAGCUACGGGGUGGGAAACAUGCAGAUGCAGGGCCCCUUCUCCAAUCUGUACACGCCUUUUGGCAACAAUCCGUUUGACUUUAGCGCCUCCAAGCUGCAGGCAUCCGCCCCAGAGUUUGUGCCUAACAUGUUGAAGCUGAGCCUGGAGGAGUCCUCUGGCCUGACGAACGGCAAUAGCACUGCCAGCUUUGAAACUGCCAUCAGCGAGGGCGCACCACAGCGUCCAGAUCUACAGGGAGCCGCCGACCAUCGGGGCAGCUCCACAGGAGGCGGAGGCGGAGGCGGCGGACCAAAGCCAAGAUCCAAUCACAAUUAUGCCUUGCCCACCGAACGGGAUCGUGAUAGAGAGCGGGAUCGUGACAGAGAGCGGGACCGUGACAGAGAGCGAGAACGUGAGCGCGACCGCGAUCGGGAUCGCGACCGAGAUCGGGAUCGGGAUCGUGAGAGAGAUUUUCGGUCUGGCGGCAACCGUCAGCAGCGUCGCGGUGACUAUCGCGAUGAUCGCGAGGAUCGAUACGACCGCAACGAUCGCAACGAACGCAACAAGAAGCCACAGAAGCAACAGCGCUAUGACAAUCAUCGCAGCAACAAGAGACGCGACGACUGGAACAGGAAUCGGGAUCGCAUCAACGGCUUUCCGAGAGCCGUCGAUGACCUAGACACGAGCAAUGAGAGCGCCCAUCCCUCGCCCGAGAAGCAGCAGCAGCAGCAGCAACAGAUAUCGCCACGCCGUGCCACGCUGCCACCGCCGCCGCCGCCAGACAAUGAGAAGCUCUCGCAGCGGGAGAAACUGAUCCGAGACAUCGAACAGCGGCGAUUGGAGUGCCUCGUCUGUGUGGAGACCAUCAAGUCACACCACUCGACGUGGUCGUGCCAGAACUGCUACCACGUCAUCCAUCUGAAGUGCACCAUCACGUGGGCGAGCAGCUCCAAGUCGGAUGUGGGCUGGCGGUGUCCCGCCUGCCAGAAUGUGCUGCAGGAUUUGCCCCGCGAGUAUCUGUGCUUCUGCGGCAAGCUCAAGAAUCCGACAGUGUCGCGCAACGAGCUGGCCCACAGCUGCGGCGAGGUGUGCUGCCGCAUCGAGGGAUGUAGUCAUGCGUGCACCCUGCUGUGCCAUCCGGGACCCUGUCCGCCGUGCCAGGCGAAUGUCGUGAGGAGCUGCGGCUGCGGCCGAAGCUCACAGACGAUGCAGUGCGCCAUGAAGGAGGAGCUGAAGUGCGGCGAGAUCUGCGACAAGAUAUUAAACUGCGGCGAGCAUCACUGCAAGGAGGAGUGCCACGCGGGCAAGUGUGCCGCCUGCCCGGAGCAAGUGGAGCAGCACUGCCACUGCGGCAAGCAGGAGCGUCAGGUGCAGUGCACGCGCGAGAGCCUCGACAAGCGCAACUACUCGUGCAAGGACAGCUGCGGCCAGCCGCUGCCCUGUGGCAAUCACAAGUGCAAGGAUUCCUGUCACGCCGGAAACUGCAGACCCUGCAAACUGAGUCCCGAGCAGAUAACCAGCUGUCCCUGCGGCAAGAUGCCCGUGCCGGCUGAGCAGCGCUCGAGCUGCCUGGAUGCCAUACCCACCUGCGAGGGUAUCUGCUCGCGAACGCUGCGCUGCGGCAAGCCAGCCCAUCCGCAUCAGUGUGGCAGCAAGUGCCAUCUGGGGCAGUGUCCGCCGUGUCCCAAGCAGACGGCUGUUAAGUGCCGGUGCGGCCACAUGGACCAGAUGAUCAAGUGCCGCCAGCUGUCCAGUCGAGCGGACGAUGCCCGCUGCAAGAAGCGCUGCAUCAAGAAGCGCAGCUGUGGCAAGCACAAGUGCAAUGCCGAGUGCUGCAUCGACAUCGAUCACGCCUGUCCGCUGCCGUGCAACCGCACGCUGAGCUGUGGCAAGCACAAGUGCGACCAGCCCUGUCAUCGCGGCAAUUGUCCGCCCUGCUAUCGCAGCAGCUUCGAGGAGCUCUAUUGUGAGUGCGGAGCGGAGGUGAUCUAUCCGCCAGUGCCCUGCGGCACCAAGAAACCGCUGUGCAAGCGUCCGUGCUCGCGCCAGCAUCCGUGCGACCAUACACCGCAGCACAAUUGUCAUUCGGCGGCCACCUGCCCGCCCUGCAUGAUGUUCACCACAAAGUGGUGCCACGGCAACCACGAACAACGCAAAACCAUUCCCUGCUCCCAGGAGAGCUUCAGCUGUGGACUGUCCUGCGGCAAGCCCCUGCCCUGUGGCCGUCACAAAUGCAUCAAGCCCUGCCACGAGGGCCCCUGUCAAUCAUCGGCUAGCGAGAUUUGCCGCCAGAGCUGCACCAAGCCGCGCACGCUCUGCGGCCACAAGUGUGCGGCUGCCUGCCACGAGGGCGCCUGCCCGGAGACACCAUGCAAGGAGCUGGUGGAGGUGCAGUGCGAGUGCGGCAACCGUAAGCUGAGUCGCAGCUGCCAGGAGCUGGCCCGCGAGCACAGUCGCAUUGCCACCGCCCAGCUGGCCUCCUCCAUGGCCGAGAUGUCGCGCGGCAACUACAUGGAGCUCAGCGAGAUUCUGGCACCGGCCAAGGUCAACAAGUCGAACAGAACGCUGGACUGCAACGAUGAGUGUCGCGUGCUGGAAAGGAAUCGCCGCCUGGCACAGGCCCUGCAGUCGCGCAAUCCGGACACGCAGCAGAAAUCUCUGACCAAGUAUUCAGAGUUCUUGCGGGGAUUCGCCAAACGGAAUCAGGCGCUGACCAAGAGCGUGUACGAGACGUUGACAGAUCUGGUGAAGCUGGCCAAGGAGAGCAAGCAGCGGUCGCGCAGUCACUCCUUCCCCACCAUGAACCGGGAGAAGCGGCAGAUGGUGCACGAGCUGUGCGAGAUAUUCGGCAUUGAGUCGGUGUCGUAUGACAAGGAGCCCAAUCGCAAUGUGGUGGCCACCGCACACAAGGAAAGGUGCUGGCUGCCUGCCACAAGCAUUAUGGAGGUGUUGGCCCGUGAGUCCGGACAGCGACGCGUUCCCGUGCCCAGCAAUAAUGCUUGGGGCCUGAAAAAGUAGCUCUGAAUCUGCAUCUGCAUCUGCAACUGAAUCGGAAACGGAAUCAGGAAUCAGGAAUAGUUUGUGCACUUAUACACACACACACACACAGACACAGACACACACAUAACAUUAAUCGUUGGCGCUGGAUAUUACAUAUAUUAUAUAGAAUUGGAAUGAGAGUUAUAGCAUGGAUAAUGGAUGCAGGAUGCAGGAUAGGAUCCAGGAAGCAGCAAGCAGGAAACAGGAAGCGCUACGAAGACAAUACACAAAACGAUUGGCAGGCCUUUUUUGGCCCAUUUCAUGAAAUAUUUUGUAUAAUGUUGAACCGUAGAGAAACGCGCCCGCCCGCCCGUCUGUCUGUCUGUCUGUUGAAACCCUGAAUGGAGAAUGGAGAUGGAGAUGGCGAUCUAUCUGGAUACGACGAUGAUUGGGAUGUCGAUGAUGGAUUGAAGAGUUAAAAAAUGCUGUUAACCAACCUGUUGAACUGUUGUACGAUGAAUUUAACUGAAAAUGAAAGAACCUUCUGGCCGCGUUGCAUAUAUAAAGAAAUAACAGAUCACAAAAUGGAUUAGAUACAUAUGUAUA